UAAAUUUCUGCCAUAAUGAUGUUCUCUGUAGGUGAAGUGUUUUGUCUGUUGUUGGUCGCGAUAUUAUGGGGAGGCACAAACCCAUUCCUGAAAAGAGGCACAGAGGGCAUUGAAGGGGUUCAGAAAGACAACAAACUCCUCCAGUUUCUGGCUGAGGUCAAAUUCUUGUUUCUCAAUAUCAAGUAUUUGAUCCCAUUUCUGUUGAACCAAAGUGGAUCAUUAGUGUUCUACUUCACUCUUGCUUCUACAGAUCUGUCUCUAGCUGUACCCAUGGUGAACUCCCUCACAUUUCUGUUCACGUUAUUAAUGGGUAAAUUACUUGGAGAAGAGUUUGGAGGAAAAGGAGCUGUGUUGGGUAUGUUACUCAUCAUGUCUGGAGUGACUGUGUGUGUACUGAGUUCUGUCUCUGAGACAGAUGGCGCAGGAGCCCGCAACACAAGCGAUCUUUGAAAUGUGCCACUGGACUGCGAGGUGAAGGAGGACCAUGGAUCUGCUCCAGCCAUGUGAUCAUACCUCACACACACAUAUUCUUUUGACACAAUAUCUGUGCUGCUCCAAUUUCAGUAUGUGCCGUGAACUUGUGCUAAGAGGGGGUGAUGGAUGACUUUAUAUCUCUACUUGAACCAUGUUGAUGAAAUCCAAAUGUUUUGCACUUUAAAUGCAACUGUGAAAAGAGUAAC